UGUUUCCUGAGCGCCACGAGCCUGCUGUGGAAGUGGCUUUUACUUUCUGUCAUGAUCAACCGAACUGAGAGCGGAGCCUCUUUCUACGGAGACGGUUUUGUGCGUCUGAAAACCGUGGAGUCGUCCAGUAAAAACACCCUCCACGUGCGAUUUCGGACCUCCAGCGGAGACGGGCUGCUCUUCCUGGCUGCCGGGGAGACAGAUUUCCUGUGGGUGGCGCUACAGGCAGGACGUAUUCAGGUGCAGGUCGAACUCGGAUCAGGGGAACGCACCCUUCGCUCAGAGAAAGCAGCUCCGCUGAACGACCUUACCUGGCACGCCAUUGAACUCCAACACAAUGGCCAGAAUAUCACCCUGACUGUCGACAAAAGCUCAUGGAGCAGUCUGAGGAUGCCUGGGCCUGACCUGGAGCUCAGCGUUCAGGACGGACUUUACGUCGGCGGUCUUGAGAAUUCGGACAAGCUCUACCUUUUCAACGAUAUAUCUCACAUGGGCUUUCGUGGCUGUCUGGAUGAAGUGCUGUUUAACGAACACAAUUUGCUUUCAUCCUUAAGGCCUUACUCUGGUUAUAAAAUGGUCCACGAGGUGUCUUUGGGCUGUAGCCCACAGUUUUCAGCCUCCGUGAAUGACUCGAUCAGUUUCUUCAGUUCCAAAGCGUACAUGUCUCUGCCGAUGUGGGAGGUUCCGCAGGAAGGUGUAUUUGAGUGUGAGUUUUAUACCUCAGCUGAAGAUGGGCUUCUCUUGUACAGCUCUGCAGGGAAGGGGGACUACGUGGCUUUGGAGAUACGACACAAGCGCCUCGUCGCUGUCGUUAGAGUAGAUGGUAGUAAGACAGCUUUAAGCUCCAUAACAGUCGUGAGUGAAGGUUGGCACUCAGUGAGGCUCUAUGUAGCACCUAGGGCUCUUCAGUUAACUGUUGGAGAGGAGAUCUUGAACUCCAGCUUUGGAGCCAAAUCCAGGGCUCUCCAGCUUAACGGACCCCUCUUCUUGGGCGGGGUGGAUGCAAACACAUUUUCAGAAGUACGGAGAAAUGGUUUGCUCUCUGUAGUAUCGAAGCACCUCAGUGGUGGCUCCUUUAAAGGCUGUCUUAGAAAUAUCCGAGUCAAUGACCAAAACAUGGGCCUGCCCAAUGCUGUGGUGACAAAAGACGUUUCUGUCGGUUGUGAGCCCGUGAAACACGUCAAACCCAUCACCACGACAAAUCCAGAGACGCUUCAACCAGAAACUCCUCAAUUAGACAAGACAGACUCUCAGACCUUCUUAAUUCUCAAAGAUCUAGAGGUCCCCGAGGGUGGACGAGCACCACUCGAGUCCAAGCACAUUAAGUUGAACCUGGAUUUCCGCAAGCUUGGGAUCCGUCAAUCCCAGAUCAUGUUCCGCAUCGAGGAGCAGCCGGUCCACGGGCAGCUGAGGCUAGAUGUUGAUCCUGAUCAACUGGAAAAUGCCUUCAGUAUUCUGGCUCUAUGGCAUGGUCAGGUCAUGUAUGUUCACGGAGGCUCAGAGGAUCCUCAGGACUUCUUCAUGUUUUCUGUUUUCACCACCAGCACCAAUAAAGAGGUGCCUGGUUAUCUGAAGGGGAGCCACUUGCACAGGUUUAACAUCACUGUCACGCCUAUUAACGAUGCCCCAGAACUCAGCCUCCCAGAGGGAAACCUUUUCAUUCUCCUAGAGAACUCUAAGCGGCAUUUGAGCAUGGACAUGCUAAGAGCUACUGACCCUGAUAGCAACUACACAGAACUGGUAUUCUCUCUACUCGGUAAUCUAAUUGCAAACGCUGGAUUCCUGGAACUUGCGGAUAAUCCAGGAAAGCCAGUGACCUCGUUCUCCUACUCGGACUUGGAAGGGGGCAAGGUGAGUUUCGUCCACAAAGGCAUCAAGAACUCUAGGAUGGCCAUCAGAGUGAGCGAUGGAGAAAAAGUGAGCAAUACGGUCGUGCUGAGAAUCAUGGCCGUUACCUUGGAGUACAAAGUCGUAAAUAACUCCGGCGUGGACGUGAUCCAGGGUCGAUCUUCUCACAUCGGUAGUAAACAUUUAGCUGUGCAAGUGAACGUGGCCAAGCAAGUGAUGGAUAUCCGGUAUGACGUACUAGACCCGCCUUUCUACGGUGAGCUGCAACGGCUACAUUCCAGUGGUGAGUGGAAGCAGACUGGUACCUUUACGCAGAAACUUCUAGAAAAGGAUCGGCUCCGGUAUCUUAGCACCUUCCAUGGUCCCCAGUUCAAAAAUGUAACCGAUGGCUUCAAAUGCAAAAUCAGCGUUGGCUCGGCGUCUACAGGCGAGGUUCUCGUUCGUGUAAGGGUCCGAUGGAUUCAGUACAAAGUCACCAGGAGUAAAAUGGAGGUGAAAGAUGAUCGUAAAGUCACGUUGACACCUCAGGAAUUUAGAAUAGUCUCCAAAAACGUGAAACUCUCUGAGAACGAUCUUCACGUCUGCUUGUUGACUUUACCGAGGAGAGGCGUCUUGCUUUUCAACGACAAGCCCCUAAAAAAGAACUCUACUUUCAGCCAGAGGAACAUCACUGAUCAAAAAGUGCAGUAUAAACUUUUUGAAAAGCCAAACAAAAACCUGAGGGACAUGUUCAGCUUUCAGGUGUUUUCAGAAUACUCCUAUUCUGGGAGACAUGACUUCAGGAUCAGCAUCAAGCCCAAUGUUCCCAGCGUAGUUCUGAGAAACCACGGACUUUCCCUCUUGGAAGGGGAGAGUAAGAUCAUAACCAAGGACAAUCUUUUCUUCGAGACUUUCGGCUCCGGGGCCGUACGUUACACCGUCGUGAGCAGUCCUCAACAUGGGAAACUACUCCGAAUCAACAACUCCAGACACAAUAUAGCGGAGUUCACAAAUCAGGACAUUCUGGAGGAGCGCGUCUUGUACGUUCAUGAUGAUAGUGAAACGACACGCGACGCGUUUACGUUCUGGGCUUCGGCAUCGUCUCCGAACGACGUCGAAGGCGUUUUCAACAUCUCCAUCCAGUUAGUGAACGACCAAAAACCUGUCCGUGUUGUCGAUAAAGUCUUUCACGUUGCACGGGACAGUCAGAGGCUCCUGACGUCAGAGGAUCUCCGUUACCAUGACCCUGAUUCAGACUACGAUGAUGGGCAGCUACUGUAUACCAGACGGGGAAUCUCGGUUGGCGAACUAGUCUCGGUAAACGAUACCUCGCACAAGCUUUAUCGGUUCCAUCAAAGAGAUCUGGAGGAAAAGAGAGUGCUGUUUGUCCACAGUGGCGCGAACUUUGGACGCUUUGUACUCUUCGUAUCCGACGGGAAGCAUUAUACGUCGACGCUGCUGGAAGUAAGUGCCCAGGAACCUUAUUUAAAGGUAGCCAACAACACUGGCCUACUAGUCCAAAAGGGACAGGAAGUCAUGUUACAAUCAGUCAACUUCAGCGUCACUACCAACACCGAUGUCCGAAGUGACGAGGACGUCCUUUUUGAGAUAUUUCAUCCUCCGAGUCAUGGCGUUCUACUCUGUGAAGGCGUCGAGGCUGACGCUUUCACGCAGUAUGACUUAAAAGCGGGUCAUCUAGUCUAUCGCCAUGACGACGGCAGAAACCUUAUGGACUCCUUUAGCCUCACGGCUACGGUAAACAGGCUGCGCUUAGACGUGACCGUGCCGGUGAAGGUGUACCUCGAGAGCCAUCAGAAACCUCCGCAAGUCAUCCACAACCACUCUGUCGUCGUGGAAGAAGGAAAACACGUUCAAAUCCACAAAACGCAGCUCGAGGUAGUUCACGAGGAUAACACACCAGAUGAGAUCAUGUACACCAUGAGAACACCUCCAUCGCACGGCUUCCUGAUGCGCUCUCGCGUGGACGGACAGGACCGUCACGAUGGGACCGUCGAAACGUUCUCACAGUGGGACAUUAACGCGGGUCACAUCCGGUACGUCCAGGAGAAACACGGACGCACCGACGACUCUUUCUCACUGGACGUCACUAACGGGAUCGGGACCGUCAGCGAUCUGGUGGUGUUCGUAGAAAUCGUUCCUUCCUUCCUACCGCUCGAAGUGUCCAAUAUAACCUUGAAAGAAGGAUCUUCGACAGCUCUAACCGAGGACGUAAUCAAGGUCACGGGCCGACACUUUACAGAACUUCACGUCCAGUACCACGUGAUCGACGGUCCACGUCACGGCCGUAUAGAGCACUCCAGGAUCCCCGGGGUUCCCAUCCCAUCUUUCACCAGGGUGCAGGUCGAACACGCGUUCAUAUCGUACGUCCAUGAUGGCAGUGAGACGAUAGGAGAUAAUUUCACGCUGGUGGCGAACGACACGGACGUCCGUAAGCAGAGCGAGCCUCGUGUCAUACACGUGACCGUCACGCCUGUAAACGACGAGGCCCCGGUUAUAACCAUCAACAGGAUCCUGAGGGUAUGGGUGGACUCCGUUACCGAAAUCACCAGCGAUGACCUCAGUGCCAGUGACCUCGACUCUGCCCCUGAGAACCUGGAGUUUAUCAUCACUCCCCCAAGUAACGGACACCUUGCUUUGAAGAGCGCCCCCUCCAGGCCAGUCCUGAACUUCACCCAGGCUCACAUCCACCGCCGUCAGCUGGUGUUCCUACACAGGGGUGCCUUGUUUGGCGGAUUUCAUUUCCAGGUGAACGACGGAGUCAAUUUUGCACCGAGGCAAAUUUUCAGCAUCGCCGCCCGAUCUCUGGAGCUCAGCCUGGAGAGGAACCGUGAGCUCAAAGUCUUCCCAGGUUCCUCAAAAGUAAUUUCCGUAGAAGAUUUGUUCAUUGCCACUAAUGACUAUGAUGACAUUCACGAGAAUCGCACCGUCGUCUAUUCCGUUACCUCACCUCCGAGACUGGGCAGGCUGAUCAGGCCCCAGGACGACAGUUCCACAGAGACGAAGCCGAUAUCCACGUUCACUCAAAACAUGUUAAAGGCCGGUUUGGUCGUAUACGAACACACUGAGCCAAUAUCAUGGACAGCGACAGACUACUUCAUCUUUACUGCAUCGUCUCCUCCUGCUUCCUUCCCACCUCACACGUUUAACAUCCGCAUCUCCUACGAUAACACAAGUCCGGAACACGGGAGCGUCCUACUCGCCAACACAGGUGCUGUAGUGGUGGAAGGCAGUCGGAUUAUGAUUGAUAAGUCGAAGUUGGAUGCCUCGAAUCUUUUGGGAAAGCUACCUGAAGAAGAACGAGACUCCUACGAGAUCUGGUACCGGGUCACCACGCUGCCACGCUUCGGGACGAUCGUCGUAGGUGAACGUAACCUGACCCGUGAGAAACCCGUCUUCCCCCAGCUCAUCCUCAACAAAUAUGGCAUCAGUUACGUGCACGAUGACUCAGAGACCAUCUGUGACAGUUUCAGUUUUGACGUGUGGUUAAAUCCUAUAGGGAGGCCUGCUCAGCAACCCCAAGAGGAAGACUUUAUGGUCUCAGAGUCUUUUAAUAUCACUGUAACGCCUGUGAACGAUCUGCCUCCUUUACUCAAAACUCAAGCCCCAAGUCUCUUGGUGGUCAAAGGAGACACUGUAGCCUUAGGUCCUGAAAACCUUCACGUGGAAGACCUGGACACUUUACCCGAGGACAUCCACUACACUGUGAUCAGCAAGCCGAACAACGGCUUCCUGGCCCUGGAAGGUAGGCUAAACGAAUCUACUGUCACGUUUACCCAGGCUGAUGUGAACGAGGGAAGGGUGCACUUUGUUCAAGAAGGGCGUCCCACCUCAGGAAUAUUCUACUUCAGUGUAACCGAUGGCUUCCAUCGUCCACUCUACAAGCUCUUCAACCUUGAAGUUCACAACGUCACAGUCGACGUUGUAAAUAAUACGGGAUUGACUCUGGUGCAAGGGCGGACUACAGGGAGCCUGACACUUCAGCACUUGGCUGCGGUGACCAACAAGAAAAACGCUACCAUAAAGUAUUACAUUACAACACCACCGAGUCAUGGUAGGCUCGUGAUUAAGGAAGACCAGAUCACACACUUUGACCAGGAGGAACUUCGGCUGGGGAGGGUUUUGUAUCAAAUGGCAGACUUGUCCUCGUCUCAAGACAGCUUCGAGUUCACUGUCGUCGCCUCUGAGAGCAACCUGACCAAUCAGGUGUUCAAUAUCACAGUGAAGCCGCUUAUCCACCUUGGAAAACAAGUCCGGAUCCCUGAUGGUAUUCCCGUUAAAAUAAGAAAGGAUGUUUUAGACGCCACCGAGCUGGCAUCCAUCAGUGGCAGCGACCCGAUCUUUGAAAUUAUUAUUCCUCCAAAAUACGGCAAGUUAGUAAAGGUAACGGUGAACCUAGGUGGUGCAUCAGAGUCUAUAGAAUCCUUUACCUUUAGGGAUGUCGAACAAGGCAGAAUUGCCAUACAGGAGCACCUUAACUUUCUAGCUGUAUACGGUAACACAACAGCUGUUGUGCAUAACAAAACCGCACCUGCACUUGAAGACUCGUUUGUGUUUCUUUUAAAAGCAGCAAACGUUCAGCCUGCCCGAGGAGAGUUUGUUUUCAUGGUUGUACCAUACGACCCAAUGACAGGAAAGCAUGUUGUUUCAGCAGCUCCAGUGUAUCCAACCGUACAUCCUGCUUUUAACAGAACAAGCAAUGUUGUUUCACACGUGAACAGGCCAGCACACAUGCACCCAACCAAAACACCACAUUGGGUACCUCCGAAGACCAAGACACGAAACCGUUCGGGGAACCACACACGAGGAAAAGCCACAGUUUCUAAUGCACCCAAGACCACAUCAGGCAGACACAACGAUCCUCCCAGGAACACACCGAUCAGGGUAGAGUCUUUGCCAAGACCUGCAUCUGAUCCUUUGCUUAUUAUUCUACCCUUCCUGGCCUGCCUGUUUCUUAUAAUCAUCCUAGUUGUUUUAAUCCUGGUUUUCAGGCACAGGCAAGAGAAGCGGGCUCAGCCUUCCAUGCUCCAAGACCUGCCAGAGAACUCUGUCGAGGACAUUGUAUCUCCAAGCCCUUACCUGGGACAGCCUGAGAGAAGUCUAACCGUUCCCUCUGUUGUAGUGACCCCACUUUUGCCUAGGUGUCCUAGAAGCCCUGUUUUAGAGGCAGUGCAUAAUGGGGCAGUGGUUCCAGCAAUAGUACUCCCUGACUCUUCAAUGCUUGUCUGUCCAUGGACUCCCAUGGAUCCUGACGGAACACCGCAGUCCUCGCCGGGUUCACCGACUCUGAGACAAAAUCAGUACUGGGUUUGAAACCAUGGAAUCAUCUGGCACACUGGACGGGAUGUCAGUCCGCUUAGUGGCAAUUUAGAGUAGCCAGUUUGUUUUCCUCCAUGUUUUGGGGAGGUGGAAAGAAUCCCAUGGAAAGAAAUCUCGGUCCAUGGACACCUUUGGAACCUGAGCAGUUCUCUUCUGGUACACUGAACAUGACACAAAAUCAGUACUGGGUUUGAUACAAUAUGUGAUCAUAGACUCAUCUGUAACUACAGACAGCAUGGUUCAGACCAUCAUUCAUUCCUCAUUAGGAACCACUUUAUCCCGGAUUUUAGGGAACAUUGGAGCAAGGCAGGAAUACAUCCUGGAUGGGAUGCCGAUCCGACUGGGGGCAAUUCGGGGUCGCCAGUUCACCACGUUUAGAGGACAGAGGCAGAAUGGUUAAUUCCAUCUUUCAUUCAUCUUUAGAAAACACUUUAUCCUGGUCAGUGUUGAGUUGGAGCUUGGGAAUACUAGGCGAGGGCAGGAGUAUACCCUGAAUAGGAUGCUUGUCCAUUAGGGGUAAUUUAAUGUAGUGUAGCCAACCCACUUACCAUGCAAUGUACAUGUUUUGGAGAGGUGUGAGGACACCAGAGUACCCAAAGAAAACCCAUGUGACACUCUGAAAAGAGAGCAACCGGAUCUCAGGAUCGGACCUUGUACCCUGGACUUUAUGAGGCAGUUCAAAUAUAUUUACAAUUUGCACUUUUGUCAAGCAGGUAUAGUUUUUAAACACUCAUACCUUCCCUCUUGUGUGAAAGUAUUACCCAACCCUUAGGAGUUUUAUUUUUUAUUUAUUUAUUUUUUGUAUGGAGAAUUUCUGGUAUGCGUUCGCCAAAUCCUGUGCAAGAGUUUUCUUGUUAUACCCAAAGAAUUUGAGCUAAGUGAGCUUGUUUAAUCUUUCUGCAGCUCCAUUUUGUGAUGACGCAGCGUGUUAUUAUAAAGAAUGUUAUAAUGUUUCGGAGACGUACAGUAAUCUGAUUACAGAAACGUUAACAGGUAGAGGACAGUACCCUUCCUAUAUUCCGUUAAUGUGGCUAUAAUCUCACGUUUGAUUAAAUAUAACAUGUUUAUUCUCAGUCUCAGUGGUGGAUCAGUGGUUAAAGGGUCUGGAUGACUGCUCAGAAGGUCAGAAGUUCAAGCCCCAAGACUGCCAAGCUACCACUGUUGGGCCCUUGGGCAAGGCCCUUAACCCUCAGUUGUGUAAAUGAGAUAAAUGUAAGGGCGUCUGCCAAAUGCCAUAAAUGUAGACUAAUUUCCUUCCCAAUAACCUUUUUGAGUAAAGUGUAAAAUUAUAUUUAUGUGCAAAAGUGUGAAUUCACAACCCCCAUGUUCUGAGUUUUGAUACCGCUGAGGAAUAAAACGUGACCGGUUUGUUGUUACAGGAAACUAAUCAGCGCCACGAUGGUGAGAUACGACCCCAUUGCAAAGCUUAGAAGAGUAUGUGUGUGUUUUAUUCCUCUUAUACCACAGCAGUUAGCCCAGAUCGAUAUUUUUUUUUAUUUGGUAAUGAACAAGAUGUCAAGCUUUUAUCUGUUUAUAGUUGCAUUUAAUGUUGUCUGUCGUGUCACCGCAAACUGGAGACUCCAUUUCCCAGAAAGCACCGCAAACUACAAACAUGGCCACUGUGUACAACUCCCAAUGGAACACACAGACACACACACCUGUUCCCAAUCACACCACAGUAUAUAAGAGCCGGCUCUUUCACCAUGCAUGUGUGAAGUAUACGCUCAAUUGGUAUUUUCUCUGUUGUUUACCGAGCGUUGAUCUCUGGUUGUUAUUCUGGUUCCGACUUUGUUUCUAGUUUCUCGUUUCGUGCUUUGUUUUCCCUACUUCAUACCCGUUUGUCGAUCACCUGACCUUUGCCCGUCUUUCUUUAUGCCUUUUGCCUUGCCCUUUGGAUUACCCGUUCUUAAUAAAACUCUAAACUGCACCGAUAUCCGUCUCAGCCUGACAUUAUCCACGUAAGCAGAUAAGUCCUGUUAAGCUACGGCAGUUAUAAACAGUCAUUCCGUCACCAGCCUCACUUCUUAAAAUUAAUAAAACAAACAAACAAGUAAUACGACAAAAACCCAGCUUGCCAUAUUACCAAGAAACAGAAAAGAUCUCUGUCCUGAAGACUUCCUGUGCCUGUUACGGCACUGACACUGGAGACUCCUUCCGAAAAUGUUUGUUGUGUACUCUCUUAUUGAUGGUACUGUUGCAUUGCCAUACCAUUCGUGUCCUGUAGAUGUGGUACAACGUAUAUACUGUACAUGUUAAAUUGAGUCAGAACAAAAAAACCAGUUGA